CCAGCCAGCAGCCGGCGGAGACAGGGAAGGGAGGGCAGGAGCGAGGGAGCCGCCGGAGGAGCGCAAGUCUUGCAGGGUCUCCUCGGCUGCGAGGAAGUGUAGUUUCUGAUAGGGCUGAAAUUGAAACAACUUCAGCUGUUUGCUUUUAGGAUGUCUCGCCGCAAGCAAGCUAAACCAAGAUCACUCAAAGUAGAAGAAAAUGAAACAGAGGACCAUCAGGCAGGUGUGGGACACACAGCCGCACAGACUGACCCUAACUGUAAACUAGACGACAAGACAGAAGAUGGAGAUGUGCUAGACUGUAAGAAAAGGCCGGAUGAAGGGGAGGAGUUAGAAGAAGAAGCUGUGCACAGCUGUGACAGCUGCCUCCAGGUGUUUGAGUCACUGAGCGAUAUCACAGAACACAAGAUUAAUCAAUGUCAACUGACAGACGGAGUGGAUGUUGAGGAUGACCCCUCUUGCUCAUGGCCAGCAUCAUCGCCUUCUAGCAAGGAUCAGACUUCCCCAAGCCAUGGAGAAGGCUGUGACUUUGGAGAAGAGGAAGGAGGCCCAGGUUUGCCCUAUCCGUGCCAGUUCUGUGACAAGUCGUUCAGCCGCCUCAGCUACUUAAAGCACCACGAGCAAAGUCACAGUGACAAGCUCCCUUUCAAAUGCACAUAUUGCAGCCGUCUCUUCAAACACAAACGGAGCAGGGACCGCCACAUAAAGCUUCAUACGGGAGACAAGAAGUAUCACUGCAGUGAGUGUGAUGCGGCGUUCUCAAGGAGCGAUCAUCUUAAAAUUCACUUAAAGACUCAUACGUCCAACAAGCCAUAUAAGUGUGCCAUUUGUAGACGUGGGUUCCUGUCAUCUAGUUCACUGCAUGGACACAUGCAGGUUCACGAGAGGAACAAAGAUGGCUCCCAGUCCGCUUCCCGGAUGGAGGACUGGAAAAUGAAAGACACUCAGAAAUGCAGUCAGUGCGAAGAAGGCUUUGAUUUUCCUGAAGAUCUUCAGAAGCACAUUGCAGAAUGUCACCCUGAGUGUUCCCCUAAUGAAGACCGAUCUGCUCUUCAGUGUGUUUACUGUCAUGAACUCUUUGUAGAGGAAACAUCCCUAGUAAAUCACAUGGAGCAGGCUCAUAAUGGUGAGAAGAAGAAUUCAUGCAGCAUUUGCUCUGAGAAUUUUCACACUGUGGAGGAGCUGUACAGCCACAUGGACAGUCACCAGCAGCCAGAGUCGUGCAACCACAGCAACAGCCCAUCUUUGGUAACUGUGGGGUACACAUCAGUCUCUAGCACUACCCCAGAUUCAAAUCUCUCGGUGGAUAGCUCAACAAUGGUGGAAACAGCUCCUCCUAUACCAAAAGGUCGUGGAAGGAAGCGGGCAGCUCAGCAAGUGCCAGAUAUCACUGGUCCUUCAAGUAAGCAGGCAAAAGUUACUUAUAGCUGCAUUUAUUGUAACAAACAGUUGUUUUCCAGCCUUGCAGUUUUGCAGAUACACCUGAAAACUAUGCAUUUAGAUAAACCCGAACAAGCCCAUAUCUGUCAGUAUUGUUUGGAGGUAUUGCCAUCUCUCUACAAUCUGAAUGAACAUCUUAAGCAAGUCCAUGAAGCUCCAGACCCAGCACUGAUUGUUUCUACCAUGCCUGCCAUGGUCUACCAGUGCAACUUCUGCUCUGAAGUGUUCAAUGACCUCAACACCCUUCAGGAACACAUCCGAUGUUCUCAUGGAUUUGCCAACCCUGCUGCUAAGGACAGUAAUGCAUUCUUUUGUCCCCAUUGCUACAUGGGAUUUCUUACAGAUUCUUCCCUGGAAGAGCAUAUUAGACAAGUCCAUUGUGAUCUUAGCAGUUCCCGUUUUGGUUCUCCUGUGCUUGGAACCCCUAAAGACCCAGUGGUGGAAGUGUAUUCUUGUUCUUACUGUACCAAUUCUCCAAUAUUUAAUAGUGUUCUUAAACUGAACAAGCAUAUCAAGGAGAACCAUAAGAACAUUCCUUUGGCGCUGAAUUACAUCCACAAUGGAAAAAAGUCCAGAGCCAUGAGUCCAUUAUCUCCUGUAACCAUUGAGCAGACCUCUUUAAAGAUGAUGCAGGCAGUUGGAGGUGCUCCUCCUCGUCCUGCUGGGGAAUAUAUUUGUAAUCAGUGUGGUGCUAAGUAUACUUCCUUGGAUGGUUUUCAGACUCAUUUGAAAACACAUCUUGACACUGUCCUGCCAAAACUGACCUGCCCUCAGUGCAACAAGGAAUUUCCAAAUCAGGAGUCACUGCUGAAGCAUGUUACCAUUCAUUUCAUGAUCACCUCAACCUACUACAUCUGUGAAAGUUGUGACAAGCAGUUUACUUCUGUGGAUGACUUGCAGAAACACCUACUAGACAUGCAUACAUUUGUGUUCUUCCGCUGCACCUUGUGCCAAGAGGUUUUUGACUCCAAAGUCUCCAUUCAGCUGCACUUGGCUGUGAAGCACAGCAAUGAGAAGAAGGUAUACAGAUGUACGUCUUGCAACUGGGAUUUCCGCAACGAGACUGACCUACAGCUUCAUGUGAAACACAACCACCUGGAGAACCAAGGCAAAGUACACAAGUGCAUCUUCUGUGGUGAAUCCUUUGGUACGGAGGUGGAGCUGCAGUGUCACAUCACUACGCACAGCAAGAAGUACAACUGCAAGUUCUGCAGCAAAGCUUUCCAUGCUAUCAUCUUGCUGGAAAAGCAUUUGAGGGAAAAACAUUGUGUUUUUGAAACGAAAACUCCAAACUGUGGAACGAAUGGGGCAUCUGAGCAAGUUCAGAAAGAGGAAGUGGAACUCCAGACCUUGUUGACAAAUAGCCAGGAGUCCCAUAACAGCCACGAUGGCAGUGAAGAAGAUGUGGACACAUCUGAGCCUAUGUAUGGCUGUGACAUUUGUGGAGCAGCUUACACCAUGGAGACGCUGUUGCAGAAUCACCAGCUGCGAGACCACAACAUUCGACCUGGAGAAAGUGCCAUAGUGAAGAAAAAGGCUGAGCUCAUUAAAGGGAAUUACAAGUGUAAUGUGUGUUCUCGAACAUUCUUCUCUGAAAAUGGGCUUCGAGAGCACAUGCAGACACACUUGGGACCAGUGAAACACUAUAUGUGCCCAAUCUGUGGUGAGCGGUUUCCAUCUCUUCUGACUCUUACUGAACAUAAGGUCACACAUAGUAAGAGCCUGGACACUGGAAACUGCAGGAUUUGCAAGAUGCCACUCCAGAGUGAGGAGGAAUUUUUAGAGCAUUGCCAAAUGCACCCUGACCUGAGGAACUCCUUGACGGGGUUCCGCUGUGUGGUGUGCAUGCAGACAGUGACCUCCACGCUGGAACUGAAAAUCCACGGCACGUUCCAUAUGCAGAAAACUGGAAAUGGUUCUGCUGUGCAGUCCACGGGACGUGCACAGCAUCUCCAGAAACUGUACAAGUGUGCGUCUUGCCUGAAAGAAUUCCGUUCGAAACAGGAUUUAGUGAAACUUGACAUCAACGGUCUGCCAUAUGGUCUGUGUGCUAGCUGUGUUAAUCUCAGUAAAAGUGGUAGUCCAAGUGUCAACAUCCCUUCAAGCAGUAACAGACAAGGCAUGGGCCAAAAUGAGAACUUGAGUUCCAUUGAGAACAAAAGCAAGGCAGGGGGACUGAAGACUCGCUGUUCUAGUUGCAAUGUAAAGUUUGAAUCAGAAACUGAACUCCAAAAUCAUAUUCAGUCAAUCCACAGAGAGCUUGUUCCAGACAGCAACAGUACACAGCUGAAAACACCACAAGUAUCUCCAAUGCCUAGAAUCAGCCCCUCCCAAACUGAAGAGAAGAAGACCUACCAGUGCAUCAAAUGUCAGAUGGUUUUCUACAAUGAGUGGGAUAUCCAAGUUCAUGUUGCAAACCACAUGAUUGAUGAAGGACUGAACCACGAAUGCAAACUCUGCAAUCAGACAUUCGACUCUCCUGCCAAACUUCAGUGCCACCUGAUAGAGCACAGCUUUGAAGGCAUGGGGGGCACCUUCAAAUGUCCCGUGUGCUUUACAGUGUUUGUCCAAGCAAACAAGUUGCAGCAGCAUAUUUUCUCAGCCCAUGGACAAGAGGACAAGAUCUAUGACUGCACACAGUGUCCACAGAAGUUUUUCUUCCAAACAGAGCUGCAGAAUCAUACGAUGACCCAGCACAGCAGUUAGUGCAAGGCCCAUCUCUUCCAGAGAAUUCUUUGUGGCACAAAAAGGGAACACAUUUUACUCUUUGCACGAAAGUUUCAUUGUUAAUGUAUAUUAUUCAGAAUCAUUGUAUUGUACCAUAAAACUUGUAUUAUCGAAACUGUUGGAUGUUCAUGUGUUUGAACUUUUGAGCACCGGAUAGACUUCUUGUAUAUAAAGUGUUGCACAUGUAUUAUGUUGUCUGAUACUAAAAUGGUCUUAUAAAGACAAGUGGACUUGGGCCCUAUUCAGGAAAGAUACAAAUAAUAAUAAUACUGUGUGAGGAGAAAAAAAUAGCUUAAGAAAAAAAUGUCAUUUUCAAGGAGGAGGGAGAAAGUAAUAGCUAUGUUCCAUUGCAGCUCUGUUUGGCCUCCCUUUAGUUUAAACUUCAGUCCAGAAAUCUCUCUUUUGGUAUACAAACGGAUGAAUCUAAGACUAUUUUUUAUUGCUGAAGAUUCUUGCAAAAAAUAUGAAGAGACUCUUUCUCACAGAGCAGGAACCCACAGUUGAAUAAGGCCCGUAUAUAUAUUUGUAAGCCUUGCGAUAUGACAGAUAGCAUUACCAUAUAUGCAAUAGUUGUUAUGUAGUUUGUCAAAGAAUUUUUUUUCCUGGAUACCAUUUGAAGCUUUGAGUGUUCAAGACUUUCCUUAAUGAUUUCACACGGCCAAAUUCUUGAAUCAGUUGAACUAACCUGUAUGUUACUGUUAUUAAUGUUUACUCUGCGGUCUGAACCUGGAGAUUACUGGAAUUGUUUUCCAAAAGGAAAUAAAUUCAGUUUACCAUUA